UUACGAUGACGUUUAAUGAGUUAUGUUUCUCUGCAAACUACACUGUGCUUUUAUCUGCUGCAGGUGCCCGUGGACGCCCCAGGAUACGCUCCCGAGGCCCUUGCUGAGACUAGCGGUGUUAGACUAGCGUACAAGGCUUUCAAGGCAUGGGAGAAAGCUAACAAGGUAGAGAGGAAAGCACCUGGUGUCUCCAGGAAUAACGACCAGAUGUUCUUUGUAGCAUACGCUCAGGCCAACUGCUUCAACCGUAAUCCGAAUGAAGCGUUUUCCCAGGCAGCUCGGGGCAUUUUGCAGGAGAACCUGAAGGUUAACAUGGCAGUGUCUCAAGUCCCAGAGUUCAGAGACGUGUUUAACUGUCCAUCAAACACCAAUAUGGUUGCGAAGAAGUCGUGUACCAUGUACUAGCGCUGACCAGGGAAUGAGUGACACGGCUGCCCCGUCUCGAGGCUGUUAUCGGUUAGCUCAGGUCGUUCCUUUUGUAAAUAGUUUUCCAUGAUUUGGAACUGAUUUUACCGUCAGGUUUGCCAGAUGGGGACAGUCUGUGAUUCCUAUCUCUGGAAAGGGAGAUAACUCUGCGUCCUGGCAGAGGCGUGGUAUUGGUGUGGUUUCAUUCUUUAUUGUUGAUACAAGAUAACUGAUGGACAUGUAAUACAUUACCAUGUACGCGAUCCGUAACAUAGACGGAACUUCCGGCCUUCUAUCAUGGUGUACAUGUGUUUGCUAACACGGUAUUCAAGGGACGUUAGUAUCUUGGUGCCUUCUUCCGCCAUUGUCUUGAUGUUCCCGAAACUUACUCACCUUAGUGCUGUCUUCACUCAGUCCACAGUAGUUGUGAUCACUGACACCCUGUUAAUCAGGAAACCCCUAUAGAAAGGACAUUACAACGAACAGUUCACCUGGAACCUUUACUGGGAACAGCAUGCAGACUACCAGAAGGCCACUGUGUAAUCAUGUAGACAGAGUUCCUCCACGCUGAACUUUCCCCAUGGACAAUACAGGACUGCUAUUGUAUAUGCCAUGACACCCUCCGGGGACACAUGCAACAACUGGGAGUGACAGCCGUUUCAACCUCCAGUUAAGUCAAAGCUUAGUAAGAGUAUAACCGGAGAUGUCUCACACAAAUGAACAUCGGCAAUAUUUCUCUUGCGACAAGUGAAACAGUCUUGAGGUCUCUACUCUAAACAUUGUUUCAAUGUCAUGCAACGGUAGGGUUCACACAACGUCUGUGCACGGAGUAUGGCUAUGCACGGACUUCCGGCAGUAACACACGGCAUAGCCUGACUGUGGACGGACCCACGUCACUGCAAGCCGCCGUAUGUCGUCCUGGGUGAUGGAAGGACGUAGUGUAUACAUACCGGUCAUUUACUGACCUUGACAUUUACCGUUUAUUGGCUGACGUUAUUAGGCACGGGUAGUCGAGGUAUGAAUGUUCGAGCUGGAGGCAUGAUUCUCCAUACACUGCAUAUCGGUGACUGGCGAAGAAGUGAUAUUCAUGUUAUGUGUAGUAAUGUUAUGGGAAUUGUAAAUACAUACAUCUAUUUUUCAUAUUCAUGUGUAUGGGCAUUUUUGAUAGAACUAUAUUUUUACACAACGGCUAUAUUUGGUAAAAGAUUAACUCAACAUCAUCCUUACUUGUUACUGGUUUCAGGUAUGACAUUCACCGCAUGACCGUGCUACUGUCUGAAACGAUAGAUUAUUCGCAAUGACCGGGCUUAUUGAUAUUGGUAACGGUACAGAGAUAUACCAAAUACUUGUAUAAGGGUAAAGACUCGGGUGUCGUCAUUCGGUCACAAGUGCCUUCUGACUGAUCGUAUAAAUGAACAUUCCAAUAUUUUCUGUGAUGAUUCCUUGGUUUCACGGUCUCGUGUAUAGUUGGUAAGAGAAACGGGUUGCUAGGCAAGUGUCGACGUUGCUUUAGGAACGUCAUAUGACGAUGUGUACAAACUGCUGUCUGUGAUGUAAGGGCACCUCUAACAAAGGUCAAAAUCAUUGUCUACGUAAUGUCUUCUACAUUUACAAUAAAUAUAUUUUUAAUAU